AUGAAAGUAAUCAAUGCAAUAUAUCACUGGUAUCAAUUAUAUAAUAAUAAUCUUCCAAUUGCUGGUAAUUAUAAUAAUUACUAAAAGACAAUUGCUAUCAAUUUUGAAGGAAUUAAGGAGUUAACAGGUUUUAUAUAAAAUUUUUGUAGAUAAAUCCUUAAGAGCGGUCACACUGCGAAACUGCGCACAAAAUGGGUCCAGAAUCAUAUUUACUAACCUUUACACAUAUACAUUUUCCACGUACUACAAAGUGGAUAAUAGAGGAUUCGAUGAGUAUGUAGUAGACGCAAUCAAGGGAAGUAUAAUAUUAUUUACGGAAAAGGCUGAAAAUGGCAAGCAAUAA